CACAGCCACAGCUAGAGAGAAAAGAGGAACCAGAGCAAACGGCGAUGGCGUCUUUAGGGCUGCAGAUUCUGGGCGUCGGGCUUGCAGUGCUCGGCUGGAUCGGAAACAUACUGAUCUGCAUGCUGCCCCUGUGGAAGGUGUCCGCUUUCAUCGGCAACAACAUCGUGGUGGCUCAGACCAUCUGGGAAGGACUGUGGAUGACCUGCGUGGUGCAGAGCACGGGUCAGAUGCAGUGCAAGGUGUACGACUCGCUGCUGGCUCUGCCUCCGGACCUGCAGGCGGCCCGGGCCAUGGUGGUCAUCGCCAUCCUCUCCUCUCUCUUCGGCCUGCUCCUGUCCGUCGUCGGGGGAAAGUGCACCACCUGCGUCGGAGACAAAGCGGCCAAAGCGCGAGUGGCCAUCGCCGCGGGCGUUUUCUUCAUCCUGAGUGGAGCUUUGUGUCUUGUGACCGUUUCUCUGCCCGCCAACAACAUCAUCAAGGACUUCUACAACCCCGCGGUGCCCGAUGCUCAGAGGAGAGAGCUGGGCGCCUGCUUGUACAUGGGCUGGGGAGCAGCGGGACUGCUUCUGAUCGGCGGCGCUCUCCUCUGCUGUCAGUGCCCAGCGAGGAGAGACCACUACAGCGGGGCAAAAUACUCCCCACCAAAGUCCACAACGCCCGGAAAGGAAUUUGUCUGAACUGCUGCAACACGUUAGAGGCAGCACGCGCCAUUCAGGACUCGACUUCACAUGCAGCCCAAUCGAGUGGCUGAUCAAGUUUAGAUUUGCAUUCUGACUAACAGCUUCUGACUAACACUCUGUGAUCUCCUGUUUCAGAAGGGUACCUGAAACCCAAAGGUACGCUGGACCCACGCAGCGCCGCUGUAGUUCUGAUGCCUUUUGUAUGAUGACUUCCGUAUUCAUUUGAAUUCUUCUGAUGUUUUUGUGAUAAACUCUGUAACAGAAAGAACUUCAGAGGAAUGUUUUGUUUGUGAUGGUUAUUCCUCAU